AUGGCGCUAAACUGCGUUCGUGUGAGCGCUUAUGGGAUUGUUCUUGCUGCUUUACUGCCUCUGGUUUUAUUUGGGCGUGCAGCAGCCCACGACCUGGAAGCCGCAGGUGACGACACGGUACAGUCACCCGAGGUAACAAAAUGCGAUCCAACCGUCGAGGGGAACCAUAAGAAACUGAUUAUGGGACCUGGUGUGACGACCCUGCAUUUCAACUGCGGUGAAGACGCAAGAGCAGCUCUUUCCCCAGAGCAUGCAAAGAAAAACCAUUUCUAUGAUACGAGCAACUGCGCCGAGCCUGCCAAGCCUCUUACCGAGGUGGCUCCCAAGGCGAGCCUAAAAGCACCCGACAACAGCAAAGAGGCGUACACCCUCAGUAUCCCGUCUGAAGGACGCAGCGCCAAGACGCUGUUCUACAAAUGCUCCCUGACUCAAGAUGCCCUGCCUGACGGUUCGGUCCUCAAAUCUGGCAACAGCCUUCAAGGGAAGGUACAGACAUGCACGCUCGAAAUUGAUGUACAAGACGAGCAGCGGCCGCCUGCAGGAAACAUUCAGAAUCCAAGACCGGAAGUGCCUGAGAACGAGCACGUCGGAGAAUUAGGACAAGUCCCAGAAGCAGAGCAGGUUGAAGUGUGUAACCCCGAAAAUGCAGCAGAAAAUGCAGGGCUCAACCUAACUGUGGAACCACAUAACACCACUGUGACAUUCAGUUGCGGCAGCAAGGCAACGGCGGAGCUCUUGCCAAAGAUUUGGUCACAUAACGUCUACACUGACGAAAAAUGCACAGAGGCGAGACCGCUGAGUGAAGUUUGCAAGGGUGCCACACUGCAGAUACGAGACGGCGAAGUGACAAACACCUACUCUGUCGCUUUCGCCUCGAAACCGGACAAGGAGCAGGUCCUGUAUUAUGCCUGCACGAUGUUGCCAGAACAAGAGGUCGCCGAUACAGGGUUCCAGCAGAGAAAGAGAUGCGUGGUGAAAAUAACUGUUAAACCCGCAGAGAGUCUUCCUGCUCCUGCACCGGAGGCCUGGCCGGCAACAUCUUCUACGUUUUUCUGUGGCACUCUACUUUGCGUUCUCUACACGUGGGUGUCGGCUCUUUAG